GAAGCCGCGACUGGCGCCUGCGAAUUUGGGAUUCGAUUGGGAGGCACCGCUUACUCGGGGGAAAUGGAUUCUGUACCACGGCUGACCAGCGUUUUCACUUUGCUGUUCUCCGGUUUGUGGCAUUUAGGAUUAACAGCGACAAAUUACAACUGUGAUGACCCGUUAGCAUCCCUGCUCUCUCCAAUGGCUUUUUCCAGUUCCUCAGACCUCACUGGUACUCACAGCCCCGCUCAACUCAACCGAAAAGUUGGAACUGGCGGUUGGUCCCCAGCAGAUUCCAAUGCUCAACAGUGGCUCCAGAUGGACCUGGGAAACAGAGUGGAGAUUACAGCAGUGGCCACGCAGGGAAGAUACGGGAGCUCUGACUGGGUGACGAGUUACAGCCUGAUGUUCAGUGACACAGGACGCAACUGGAAACAGUACAAGCAAGAAGACAGCAUCUGGACCUUUGCAGGAAACAUGAAUGCUGACAGCGUAAUGCACCACAAGCUGCUGCACUCAGUGAGAGCCCGGUUUGUUCGCUUUGUGCCCCUGGAAUGGAAUCCAAGUGGGAAGAUUGGCAUGAGAGUUGAAGUCUACGGAUGCUCCUAUAAAUCAGAUGUCGCUGACUUUGAUGGCCGAAGCUCCCUUCUGUACAGGUUCAAUCAGAAGCUGAUGAGCACUCUCAAAGAUGUGAUCUCUCUGAAGUUCAAGAGCAUGCAAGGAGAUGGAGUCCUGUUCCAUGGAGAAGGUCAACGUGGAGACCACAUCACCCUGGAGCUCCAAGAGGGAAGGCUUGCCCUGCAUCUCAACUUGGAUGACAGCAAACCUCGGCUCAGCAGCAGCCCACCCUCAGCCACCCUGGGCAGCCUCCUGGACGACCAGCACUGGCACUCAGUCCUCAUCGAGCGUGUCGGCAAGCAGGUGAACUUCACUGUGGACAAACACACACAGCACUUCCGGACCAAGGGCGAAGCGGAUGCCUUAGACAUCGACUAUGAGCUUAGUUUCGGAGGAAUUCCAGUACCAGGCAAACCUGGGACCUUUUUAAAGAAAAACUUCCAUGGAUGUAUUGAAAACCUUUACUACAAUGGAGUAAACAUAAUUGAUCUGGCUAAAAGACGAAAACAUCAGAUCUACACCGUGGGCAAUGUCACUUUUUCCUGCUCCGAACCACAAAUUGUUCCCAUCACAUUUGUCAACUCCAGCAGCAGUUAUUUGCUGCUGCCCGGCACCCCCCAAAUUGAUGGACUCUCAGUGAGUUUCCAGUUUCGAACAUGGAACAAGGAUGGUCUGCUUCUGUCCACAGAGCUGUCUGAGGGCUCGGGGACCCUGCUGCUAAGCCUGGAGGGUGGAACCCUGAGAUUGGUGAUUCAGAAAGCGACAGAACGCGCAGCUGAAAUCCUCACAGGCAGCAACUUGAAUGAUGGCUUGUGGCAUUCAGUUAGCAUCACCGCCAGAAGGAACCGCAUCACUCUCACUCUGGAUACCGAUGCAGCGUUCCCGGCUCAGGACACUACCAGGGUGCAGAUUUAUUCUGGAAAUAGCUACUACUUUGGAGGGUGCCCUGACAAUCUCACCGAUUCCCAAUGUUUAAAUCCCAUUAAGGCUUUCCAAGGCUGCAUGAGGCUCAUCUUUAUUGAUAACCAGCCCAAGGACCUCAUUUCAGUUCAGCAAGGUUCCCUGGGGAAUUUUAGUGAUUUACACAUUGAUCUGUGUAGCAUCAAAGACAGGUGUUUGCCAAACUACUGUGAACAUGGAGGAAGCUGCUCCCAGUCCUGGACUACCUUCUACUGUAACUGCAGUGACACAGGUUACAUUGGCGCCACCUGCCAUAACUCCCUCUAUGAGCAAUCCUGCGAAGUGUACAGGCACCAAGGGAACACGGCUGGUUUCUUCUACAUCGACUCGGAUGGCAGCGGGCCAUUGGCACCUCUCCAAGUGUACUGCAAUAUCACAGAGGACAAGGUCUGGACAUCAGUGCAGCACAACAACACAGAGCUGACUCGUGUGCGGGGCACCGACCCUGAGAAGCCCUACACCAUGACCUUGGACUAUGGUAGCAGCCUGGAGCAGCUGGAGGCUGUGAUUGAUGGCUCAGAGCACUGUGAGCAGGAGGUGGCCUACCACUGCAGGAGGUCCCGCCUGCUCAACACGCCAGAUGGAACACCGUUUACCUGGUGGAUUGGGCGGUCCAAUGAAAGGCACCCUUACUGGGGAGGUGCUCCUCCUGGAGUUCAGCAGUGUGAUUGUGGCCUGGACGAGAGUUGCCUGGAUGUUCGACACUUUUGUAACUGUGACGCUGACAGGGAUGAAUGGACAAAUGAUACUGGCUUUCUUUCCUUCAAAGACCACUUGCCUGUCACUCAGAUAGUUAUCACUGAUACCAACAGAUCAAACUCAGAAGCUGCCUGGAGAAUUGGUCCCUUGCGUUGCUAUGGUGACCGACACUUCUGGAAUGCGGUCUCAUUUUAUACAGAAGCCUCUUACCUCCACUUUCCUACCUUCCAUGCGGAAUUCAGUGCUGAUAUUUCCUUCUUUUUUAAAACCACGGCUUUAUCUGGAGUUUUCCUGGAAAACCUUGGCAUUAAAGACUUCAUCCGACUUGAAAUAAGCUCUCCUUCUGAGAUCACUUUUGCCAUUGAUGUUGGGAAUGGCCCUGUAGAGCUUGUAGUCCAGUCUCCGUCUCUUCUGAAUGACAACCAAUGGCAUUACGUCCGGGCUGAGAGGAACCUGAAGGAGACCUCACUCCAGGUGGACAGCCUCCCGAGGAUGACGAGGGAGACUUCGGAGGAGGGACAUUUCCGAUUGCAGCUGAAUAGCCAGUUGUUUGUAGGAGGAACAUCAUCAAGACAGAAGGGCUUCCUAGGAUGCAUACGCUCUUUACACUUGAAUGGGCAGAAAUUGGACCUGGAGGAGAGGGCAAAGGUCACGUCUGGAGUCCGGCCAGGAUGCCCAGGCCAUUGCAGCAGUUACGGCAGCAUCUGCCACAAUGGGGGCCAGUGUGUGGAGAAGCACAGUGGAUACUUCUGCGAUUGCACCAACUCACCAUACGAAGGGCCCUUUUGCAAAAAAGAGGUUUCUGCUGUUUUUGAGGCUGGCACUUCGGUUACUUACCUGUUUCAAGAACCAUACCCAGUGACCAAGAAUACAAGCCUGUCAUCCUCAGCAAUUUAUGCAGAUUCAGCUCCAUCCAAGGAAAACAUUGCAUUUAGCUUUGUGACAGUCCAGGCACCCAGCCUCUUGCUCUAUAUUAAUUCUUCUUCUCAGGACUUCCUGGCUGUCCUGCUCUGCAAGAAUGGAAGCUUACAAGUUCGUUAUCAGCUGAGCAAGGAAGAAAUCCAUGUAUUUAUGAUUGAUGUAGAGAACUUUGCCAACAGAAGGCUGCACCACUUGAAGAUUAGCCGAGAGGGAAGAGAACUUACCAUUCAGAUGGAUCAGCAACUCCAACUCAGUUACAACUUCUCCCCAGAAGUCGAGUUCAGGGCGAUAAGGUCACUCACCUUGGGCAAAGUCACAGAGAAUCUUGGAUUGGAUUCUGAAGUUGCUAAAGCAAAUAUCCUGGGUUUUAUUGGAUGCUUGUCUUCAGUCCAGUACAACCACAUAGCACCACUGAAGGCAGCCCUGCGUCAUGCCACCAUUGCACCUGUGACUAUCCAAGGGACCUUGACAGAAUCCAGCUGUGGCUCCAUGAUGGAUGUGGACAUGAAUGCAGUGACCACGGUGCAUACUUCAUCAGAUCCCUUUGGGAAGACAGAUGAGCGGGAACCACUCACCAAUGCAGUUCGAAGUGACUCAGCCAUCAUUGGAGGAGUAAUAGCGGUGGUGAUAUUCAUCAUGUUCUCUGUCAUCGGCAUCAUGACUCGGUUCCUUUACCACCAUAAGCAGUCACAUCGUACUAAUCAGAUGAAGGAGAAGGAAUAUCCAGAAAAUUUGGAUAGUUCCUUUAGAAAUGACAUUGACUUGCAAAACACAGUGAGCGAGUGUAAACGGGAAUAUUUCAUCUAAAAAACUGCAGGGUCACCUACUAUACUUUUUCUGUUGUUGUUAAAUUUUUUGUC